CUCCAUUGACUUUGCUCCCCUUAAAUAUUUCAUGUCCGCUCUAAAUACACUUCUUGAGAGCUAAAUCAACAAUGCUUGUAUCACUAUUACCAUCAUCAUCAUCAUCUCCUCAAAUAAUUUCCCCUUUCUCUGCUUAUCUCUAUUCCUUGUUUACCUCUAUUCCUUAUUCAGCAUGGAUCCAUCAAACAUCCCUGGCAGUAAAUCAUUCAAAAGAGAGAUCCAAGGUCCUCGUCCUGCACCUCUCAGAGUACAUAAAGAUUCCCACAAGAUCAAAAAACCACCACUAGCGCCGCAACAUCCCUCACAACCACAAGUUCAGCUUCGCCCGCCGAUCAUAAUCUACACGGUCUCACCAAAGAUAAUUCACACCAACCCUAAUGACUUCAUGAACCUAGUUCAACGCCUAACCGGUUUGUCAUCAUCAUCAUCAUCAUCUUCUACAUAUUCUUCCUCAUCAGCGCAAGCAGCUCAGUCCAGUAUUAAUCCAUUAAACAGCGGCGCACUAUCACCAGCGGCUUGUUAUGCAACGAUAGAGAAGGCUAGGGAGUUUCCUGAAGGGAAGAAGAAACAGCAAGCUGGGGAAGUGAGUAGUGUGGAAGAGAUGGAGAUGGAGAUGGUUCAUGGGGUUGAUAGGACGGGUUCGUUUCCGGGGAUUUUGUCACCAGGGCCGGCUUCACUUCCUCCAAUUCCUCCAAACUUUUUCUCUCCACCAUCUGAUCCUAGCCCGUUUACCUCCUUCUUGCAUGAUUUAAGCCCCGCGCUUCAAGCCGGUAGCAAAAAUUACCAAGAAGGUAGUUUCAUGCUUAGUCCUUCAAACUUCUUUUCACCUUAUAUGAUUUCCCCAACUGCACCAUCCUUUGAUUUGUUCCACAAUUUAUUUGACAAUUGAUUUUCUUUUUGGUUCUGAAAGAGAAGAGAGGUAUAGAGGUCAUUUUUGGUGUAGCUUUAAUGCUGAAGAUGAUAGAAUGGGGUACAAAACUCUAGAAGAAAUUAAUUUUGGUGUGGAUGCUUGUUGGAAACUUAUUAAUGGCAUUACCUGUUUCUUUUACUCAAAUACUUUAAUUUGGUGGGCCAUAUGUUGGCGGCAAUUGGGCUCAAAUUUCAUCUUUGUCUUAUUUUGAUUACAUUCUUUGUUAUGGAUUGUGGCGUGUAAUCUGCAACAUUUACAUUUUUUUUUUAA